AUGCUGCUUGUGGGGCUGUGGACGAUCUUCCCCUGCCACAACCUCCGCUACGUCGACGCCCUCUUCUUCAUGGUCGGGGCGCUGACCCAGGGCGGGUUGAACACCGUCGACGGCAACAAGGUCUACUUGUACCAGCAGCUCAUGAUCUACCUCGUCACCACCCUCACCACCCCCAUCUUCAUCCACGGGCUGCUUUUGCUUGUGCGGCUCUACUGGUUUGAACGAGAGUUCGAUAAUAUCAAGGAGAAACUGACGCUAAACCAUAAGAUGCGGCGCUACCAUUCGAGCGACUCGGGGCGCUUCCACGACCAGCGGCUUAAUGAGAACACCGUACGCAAUCAGGGCAUCGGCAUGGCGGCGCCAGCGGCCCCGGCUAAACUGCUGCUGCCGAUGCUGCCGAUGCUGCCGCUGCUGCUGCUGCUGCUGGCGCCACUGGCGCCUCUGGUGGCCCUGGCGCUGCUGCUGCUGGGGACGGUCGCCGCCGACGGCGCCGCCACCACCACCAAAGACCCGCGCCACGACGUCACCUUUGGCGCUCUCCCCAAGCCGCCGCUGCACCAGCGGCGCCACCAGCCCAAUCCUGAGGACAUGUACCGGCUGAUCGCCAUGCUCAACCUGGGCGACGAUAAGGCCGCCGACGACGAUAAUAACGACCUGCCGCUUGUGGUGCGCCCGCCCAACGAGGUCGAGCGCGGCGACGGGCCCGCGGUGCUGCGCCGCAAGCUGUUCAACUUCCCCACGCUGCCCCUGGACCUCAAUUUCAGCUGGAAGCGGCCGCGGCUCACCAAGUUGCGCAAGCUGUUCACCAGCGACCGCAAGCCGCUGGAGUUGGCGCGCACCCCGACCUACGACGACAGCAACGCCGACGAGGACGCCCUGAUCGACCUGGAGGUGGUGCUGGACGACGACGACGACCUGCCGGAGCCGACACCGUCCACCGCCACUAAGUUCAACACGCGCAGCCUCGGCGGCAGUGGUGGGGGCAGUGGCGGCGGCACGCAUGGCGGCGACGGCACCGGCGCCCACCUCCGCGCCAAGGCCAAGCGGCUCUGGCGAGAAACGCUGGCGUUUAUUAAGGACGAGGGGGUGAUGCCCCCCGAACCCAGGGAGCUGGACUCGGACUACAACCCGUUGCACAAGCUGAUGCUGGCCAACUACUUGCUGUGGAACCCGACGUUGGGGCGCAACUCGCAGUUCAUCAACUUGACCGAGGAGCAGAAAGAGGAGUUGGGCGGCGUCGAGUACCGGGCGACGAAGCUUUUGGUCAAGAUCGUGUUCACCUACUACGUCGGGUUCCACCUCGCGUGCUUCUUCUUUUUGCUUGGGUUCAUCAACGUUCGCCACGACUACGGGGCGAAGAUGAGAGACCAAGGGAUCUCGCCGAACUGGUGGGCGGCGUUCACGGCGCAGCUGCUGUUCAACGACUUGGGGUUGACGAUCACCGAGGACCUGAUGAUGACGUACUCGCACAACAUCUACGUCCUCCUCAUCCUGCUGUUUUUCAUCGUCAUCGGCAACACCGGCUUCCCCGUGUUGUUGCGGUUCAUCAUCUGGGUGAUGAAAAAAUUCAGCAAAAAAGACGGCCAGCUCGAGGAGCUGUUGGGGUUCUUGCUCGACCACCCGCGGCGGUGCUUCACCCUCUUAUUCCCGCUGGGGCCGACGUGGUGGUUGUUUUUCUUCGUCAUCAUCCUCAACGGCGUCGACUUGCUCUUCUUUAUGGUGCUUGACCUCACCAACCCCUACUUCGACGAUACCCCGAUGGGGAUCCGGGUGGUCCAGGGGCUUUUCCAGGCGUUUCUGACGCGGACGGCGGGGUUUUCCUGUGUCGACGUUGCCAGCUUGCACCUGGCGGUCCAGGUGCUGUACGUGAUCAUGAUGUACAUCUCGGUGCUCCCCAUCGCCGUCACCAUCCGCCGCACCAACGUCUACGAGGAGCAGCUGUUGGGGCUCUACGGGCGCCAGGAGCAGUUCGACCCCAACCUCGAAAACACCCCGCGCCACUACAUCGGCCAGCACUUGCGCAACCAGCUCUCGUUCGACUUGUGGUUCAUCUUCUUGGGCCUCUUCAUCAUCUGCAUCUGCGAAAACUCCAAGUUGGACGACAACGACAUCCGCUUCACCCCGUGGCUGGUCCUUUUCGAGGUGGUGCUGGCCUACGGGACCGUGGGGAUGCUGUUGGGGUACCCCGACGUCAACACCUCGCUCACGGGGAAGUUCACCACCCUCUCCAAGUUGGUGAUCAUGGCGAUGUUGAUCCGGGGCCGCCACCGGGGGCUCCCGUACACGUUGGACCGUGCGAUCAUGCUCCCGCUGAAGCAGAUGCGCGACCGCGACUUGAUGCAAGAACUGCACGAGCUCCGCCGCCAGAGCACCCUCGACCGCAGCAACACCGACCGCCUGGGCCGCCUGGGCCGCCUGGGCCGCAUCUUGCCCGACGGCAACUUCCUCACCGACCUGAACUUCUUGACCCGCAUCAUCACCGGCGAGGGUCCCGUGUACGGCCGCCAGCGGCCCCAGCGGGCCCCCGACCACCGCGGCCACGACCACCGCCCCGAGGAGAUCCUGUUUGUCCCCGGGCGCCGUCGCGUCCCGCAACACGACGACGACGACGACGGCGAUGGCGACGAACCGCCCGCCACCAGUAGCUCGCCGGAAGAGCCCCACGCGUUCCGCCCCGAGGCGUCGCCGUCGUCGCUUAGCGGCGCUGCCCCGCCCCCGCUGGCACCAGCGGUACCUCGCCCGCUGCUGCCGCCGCCAGAACCGGCCCGGGUGGCGGUGACGCCCGGAUACGCCGUGGUUGACCUCAACAAUGAGGACAUGCUGAUCAAGCACCUCCGCCAGCAGCUCGGGGGGAACGGCGGGCGCCACAUCGUCGAGAUCGACGACGACGGCAAAUUGCGGGUGCACCGCCCCAAGCACGGCAUCCACCUCCACCGCCACCGCCACGCCAGUCCCGGACGCGACCCGCUGGCGCUGCCGUUGAUGCUGACGUCGCCGGGGCCGAGCGACGCCCUGGUGUUUUCCGACGACGACUGA